AGUCCACAGUCCGCAGCUAGUCCGUAGUUGUAGCCCGCAGCACGCCGCCGCAGCCCGCAGCACGCCUGGCGUGCUGAGGCUCCUGCCUGGGCGAGGCACAAGAGGAAGGGGAAGCCUCUAAGCCCUAACACAGGCAAGCAAGGGACAGUCUCCUCCCUCACAACAGACAGCGAACGAGGAGAGGCUAGUACUCCCCUUGGGAGGUGGGAAGCAAGGGGGACGCCGAGGCCUCUUGCAGCUACCAGGCUUCCCUGAGGGUAAAUAGAGCCCGGGACGGAUGCGGAAUCCCCUGGAAGCCACUGGGUAAGGGAAGGCAGCUCCAUGACUCUCUCUGCCCAAGGGGAAUAUUAUUUCUAGAGAAGCUAGAGAGGAAGGACACGGAGAAAUACAAGAAGAGUCGAAAGAUAGAGCGAGAAAAGAGGAAGGGCUGGCGGAGCGGUGUAGCUGAGUCCGGGCCUCUGCAUUUGUGAAACCAACGGCGGGCAAGCCCGCAGAGGCCCAAAGAUCACCAUCCCACCAGCACAGGAUCGGUUGGCGAGUGGAUGGGGUGGCGGAACAACGCACGCAACACCUAUCCCUUCUCAUAUACUUGUAUAACAUCAUCUGUUGACCAAGGAGCUUGACCUCAGUCGUGCCAAGGAGAAAAAUUCAAGUUAAGGUUAAGAUUAAGAACAAGAUGGCCCUGUCAUUUUGCCAGAGCUCUAGACGUUGUCUGUCUCUGUCUGGUCUGAUCAUUUUCUUCAUUAUGUUUCACGUUCACCCACUGGACUCAGCUUCAUUUAAAGUAGAUGGAUCACAGAAGAUAGUCACUGGCAUUGUGGGGCAGGAAAUUAUACUGCCCUGUCACCUGAUUCCAAGGAUGAAUGCUAUGAACAUGGAAGUGAAAUGGUUCCGACCUCAGUCCGAUACUAUUGUGCAUUUGUACCAUAAUCGGACAGAUCAGCUCAAAAACCAAUUGCCAGAAUAUAAGGGAAGGACAGAACUUUUGAAGGACAGCAUCACAGAUGGAAGUGUUCCCUUAAAGAUUGUCAAUAUCACUGUCUCUGAUGAAGGAAAAUACCAUUGUUUUGUUCAGGAUGGCAUCAGUUAUGGAGAAACACUAAUUGAGCUGAAAGUAGCAGGUUUAGGCUCUGGUCCUCUCAUCUCUAUGGAGGACUACCAGGAUGGAGGAAUCCGGAUGGUGUGUCGAUCAGCUGGGUGGUUCCCAGAACCUGAGGUGCUAUGGAAAGGUCCCACUGGACAGCAUCUAUCAUCAGUAUCUGAAACAAAGUUCUCAACAGAAAAUGGCCUGUUUAAAAUGGAGAAUUCAAUUGUUAUACAAGAACACUCAAACAAGAACUUGUCGUGCUUGAUCAGAAACAACUUGCUCAACCAAGAAAAGGAAUCAGCAAUUUAUGUAUCAGAUCCCUUUUUCCCACGACUCAAUCCCUGGAUGGUGGCACUGGCUGUGCUCCUCGUUGGUCUGCUUAUUCUCCUUGUCUUGACCUUGUAUCUCUUCAAACUAAAAACGGGCCUGCAACAAGAACUUGUGUGGAGAAACGAUGUAAUCUGCCCAGGGCUGGGAAAAACUGAGCUGCCUGUAGAAAAAGUGAAUGUGGUGCUGAAUCCAGACACAGCUCACCCCCGACUCAUUGUUUCUGAGGAUAAGAAAAGUGUGAAGUGGGCACUCACACAGCAGAUGCCAACCAAGAAGCCUGAACAAUUUGAGACACGUUUUUGUGUGCUGGGAAAGGAGGGGUUCACCUCAGGGAGACACUGCUGGGAGGUGCAUGUCGGGAAUGGGAUAUUCUGGGCUGUGGGGGUUGCCAAAGAGCCUGUGAAGAAACAGGAAGUGCUUAAUAUGAACCCUGAUGAUGGGAUCUGGGCUGUGCAGCGAUGGUGGGGUGAGUAUUGGGCUCUCACAUCCCCCCGCCGGACUCUCCUCCUCGUCAACCAGAUUCCCAAGAGGGUCGGGGUGUAUCUGGAUUGUGAUAGUAGCCGGGUAGUAUUUUUUGAUGCUGAUACCGAGGCCAUAAUCUUUUCCUUUCCACCAGCUACAUUUGCUGGGGGGACAAUGUACCCCUGGUUCUGGGUAGGUGUUUUAUGCGAGCUCAAAAUGUGCCAUUGACCAAUGGGUAGAGAAUUCCCCAUAAAUUGAUCUCUUUAGCCUCAGUCAUCCUUGCAUCCUGACUUCAGAAGUCAGGGAUUUAAAACACUUGUGACUUCCUACAGGCUUUCUGUUGUCUCAUCCAGUGGUUCUCAACCUUUUUUGUACCAGGACCCAUUUGUAAACAUUGAUGGCCAGUGCUGCUCAAUCCCAACCUGCUGCCCCCUGCUCCCAGGCCCCAGCCCAGCAUGUGGGCGGGGGGGGGGCAGGGGGGGGUCCCAAGCAGCCCCUUGCACGCCCGUUUCCCACAUUUUUCUCCUCUAAAGGAGAAUCCAUUUUUAAAAUAGUUUGAUCCAUUUUAAAGUUUGUUCACAACCUUUUCAUAUAUUCUUGUGAUCCACCCACUUUUGGGUUGCAAUGCAUGGGUUGAGAAAUGCUGAUCUAGUCUCUAUGAACUUACAGAGACAGUGGGUUUCUCGGCUCUCAAAUCAUAGAGAAUAUGGAGGGUUUAAGAUUCAGAGUCAACUGUUAGUGUAUUGGUCUCAUCCUCCAUGACUGUGGAAGCCUGUAGAAUUAAUCAGUCUAUCAAUGACAACCUUCUUAAGAGGGCUAGUGCUACAAGAGACAAAUAUUCUCCGCUUGUUUUUGUCUGUUGUCAACCUUGCCACUGUAUAUAAAUGUAACCCAGGUCCUUUUUCUAAGCAUUCAUGAUGUCUCUUUGUUAGAAGACCCAUCUUUCUCUACCUUGGCACACAACCUUCUAUUAUAUCCUUCUGUAGGCUAUCUUCUUCUCCUUUUAGAACAUGUCCAUCAUACUUUGAUUUCCCCCUCCUCCCCCCCUUUUUUGUUACCAUUUGUAUCAAUUCAGGCUUAGUUUCACUCUUACCAAACCCCCAUUUGUUGGAUCUUUUCUGGGUCUAGGAAAUAUUUGAAAUCCUUCUCUACUAUAUCAAUUGCUUGUAAUUUUCUUUAACUCCUUCAUCAGUGUCCAUGUUGUACAUGCAUAUAUUGCUAACCUUCAUAUCAGUGCUUUUAAUAAACUUCCAUUUGUUAAUUAUCCAGUUAAUAAUUUUGUUCGUUAUCUGCCUACCCAUCCAUAUCACAUUCAUUUUUUUUUUCCAUUGAACAAACUUUGCACAGUCUAGGUCUUACUUUACAUAUGUAUAUAUUGUCUUCCAUUAAGAUUGCACCUAAAUAGGUAAAACUUGAGACUUGUAAAUUCUGAUUCUUUCUCCAGUUGUGAUUAGCAGUUUAAUCUUUGGAAAAUGAAUACAAGGUGAUUCUUAACCUGCAAUGACUAAUUCUUACACUUGGUUUUUGAGCUAGAAUAUUGGUCAUUAAAACAAAGUUGUCUGUGUACCUCGUAUUACUAAACCAUAUACUUCCAAUUCUCAGGCUCCCUUCUGAUCCCGGUAGUGCCUCCUACAUAAUCAUUUGUGCAGAGAUAUUAAAGGGUGAGAAAGGAUGCAGAUUUAAACCCGUUCAGAUAUCAAUCCAACAGUCCUGACAAGGACUUUCUCAGUUUGUGCUGUAUGUCAAUCGGAUGUAGUGGGAAACCCAUGGCAAGCAUGCACAGCCACAGCUUUGUAUGCCCCACUGAAUCAAAAACUUUAUAGAAGCUGACAAAACAGAAGGAAAAUGGCUUGUCCUAACUUUAUCGUGGACUUUUCUAUCACAGUUCUCAAAUUUGUCACUUGAUUUAUUGUCCUUCUGCCCUGUUGAAAUACUGCUUGCAAUACUGUUACAAUCUCUCUUCCUAAUUUACUCUGUAUUCUCGCCAGAACAACACUUAACAGUAUUUUGCUUGCAUGAGAUACACCUGAAAUCAUGCUAUGAUUUGAGAAUUCCUUUCAAUCAUCUUUUUUCAGUAUAGGUACCUAAACACUCUUCUUUCACUGUCUUGCCUAUUUUUCAUUUUCCCAAGAUUUGUAGCAAAUACUAUGCUUCUUACCUAAUUUGGAAUGUCUACUUUUUCAAGGAGUUUUACUGGAACUUCAUCCGUGUCAGCGGUUUUCCUGACUUGGUUUACUCUAUUUGCCAGGUCUACUUUAGACAUAAGUGGACACAUAAUCUUAUACUUUAUGCAUAAUCUUUCAAAGUUUAUUUGAUUGUAUCAGCAUCAUCACAUCGCUCUUUGCAGUAUUACCUCCAUCUUUCUACCUAUUUGCCAAAAAUAUAGCUUGGAUGGCAUGAAGAAUGGUAGCAAAGUGGAGAAGCUUCAAGUCAGAAAACAGGGGACUGGUAAAUGCUAUUGGAACAGAUGGUGACAUUCACUGUUGAGUGCAUCCAUUUAAAGCUUUAAGCCACGAAAAGUGGAGCCAUUCCACUCCACUCAUAAGUGAUUUUUUGCUAGCAAUUACAUAUUAUGAUGCUUGUGACAAAUAAAGCUAGUUUUCAUAAAUAAUGA